GAGACCUGCUCUGGACUUUUUGUGUGCAUGAUGGAAACAGUGCAAUAUACCAGGUCCUGUCCUUGGCGUUUGGGCCACUUUUCUCUUUGAGGCUGGUGAGAGGAGCAAUCCAGCUUUACGCGGAACGGGAUACUUGGCCCCUUCAAGGCACAGCAGGCGUUAAGCUCCGUCAGCCCUAUCAGAGUAGGCGUACCCUGCCUAAAGACGAAACGCCGUGGAAGCACCAGAAGCCAAAUACGAACAACAACAAAAAAAGAAAACGUGUCUGUCCAGCAGGUGUGCAGGACGAGUCUUCACGAAAAAACAAAGAAGGGGAGUUUGUUCUGGGCAGACAGGGAUGACAAAUGCUCCAUGCCUGGGCUGUACGCAGUGGUGUAUACAGAUAGAUGUUACCUGGAGCAUGAUCGUAACGCGACAGAUGACCAAAAAACCCAGCGCAGUGUGUGGUAAGAAGUCCUGCCGACGGAAAAAUGGAGGGAGGCGACGACGCGGCGAGACCGAGUAUCCACCGCGUCCCGUGGCUACUCGCUUCCGUAAUACAAAUGCGCGAUUCCGGGCAGGCGAGCGCAUAUGCACAAGCGCCUGGCAGAGGAUCUCAGAUAUGAUUGAAGAAGAAGAAAGAGAAAAAGAAAACUUUGAAGGACCUCUCGCCACAUGGCGCAGCAGCUCUCGGCUUUGUCUUGUUCUCGGCUGUUGGCGAUGCUUAAAUUGGGUGGGUCCAAAUAGACAGACAGGCACAGUCGACAGACCCGUCACCGACCCCAGAAAAGCACGAGGUCAAGCCGAGACGGAGAAAGGCGGGCUUGUGCUCACUAAUGCGAAAGCGCUGGCAAUUGGUGAGCCGAGCCGAGUGCUCCGCGAUAUCAGUGCGUGCGGGAAGCCCACACCGCACGCAGCAGAGUCGCAGACAGGAGGUCCUUAGUCAUGAACCUCGUUGCCGCCCCAGCCCAGGCAAAGCUGUUGAAGAGUGAUGGAUGGAGAUGACUCGUGGAUUAUUCUAGGCUUCGGGAAGCAUAUUCCUUCUUCCGCUGCCGUGACGGCCACUGGCCUGACGGACGAACACGUGGAGGGAGGUAUCGGCCCCUGCCAGCCGUGGACCCAGGAAAAAUCGACGUUGGCCCCAAG